CUGGUGCUGGGUCGUCGCAUGGUGAAGCUGAUUCCCCGAGGGGAUUUGCUUCAGUCUGCCGUUAGACUCGGAGGAUGAAGAUGAGGGGCUAAAUUGGAUUCCGCCAAGCUCUUCUCCGAAAGGCAAAGGCAGGAUGCUUGAAUUGAAGGACGCCGUCGAUCUACCUCUCCUGCGCGCGGCUCGGGCGGUUUCAUGGCGGAUGCGCGUCGGUCGUCCUCGGUCGCUGCUCCCCCUUCCCAGAUGCGCGGGGACCCCCUGGUGGAUGCGGAUGGAUUCCGCACGGUCGUCUACAAGCGUCGCGCUCGGGGGGAUACGCGCCUUCCCCGCCGCCCCCGCCGGCCGGUCCCUGCCGACCUGGUGGGGAGAUGCUUCAACUGCUUGGCGACGGACCAUGUGGCCUCCUGCUGCACCCAGCCGUCGCGCUGCCUCCGCUGCGAGCAAGUCGGCCAUGUGGCCAGGAACUGCAAACGCCCCCGCUUCCCGGGACCUCCGCGGGGGCGAGGUUGCCCCACUCGGCGGUUCGUGCCUGCGGCGGACGUCACUGCGGCGGCCAACAUCAGGAGCCGGUGCCAUUCGGCGGCCUCGGCUUCUACUGCUUCGUCGGGGUCGGCUUCCACGGGUUGCGCCUACUCCGGCCCUCCAUCAAUCUGCGCAGCCUCGCCGGUGGGUCGCUCGCCAUCACCGGAGGCUCACACAUGGUCGGAUUUCCCUCAGGGGCAUCCUUCUCGGCGUCCGCAACUCGUCACCAGAACUAUACCGCGUACUGCGGAGCUGCAGCAGGCGGAGGACUCUCUCGCGACCACUGCCUUGGUCGUGUUGGUAGUGGGUACGCGCCCCUCUUGAGCUCCUAGUCAGGUCCGGCGAUUUGUUGAGGAAAACUACGGCAUUCCAGGCAGGGAUUUUACUCUCCAUCGCCACUGGCCGGAGGAUUUCAUGCUCAUUUUUCGUCACCCAUGACCCAUCAGACCUCCAGCGUGUUCUUGAUGCACCUCCAUUGCCUCGGGCAGAUAUGGUGUUACGUUUUCGUCGCUGGAGCAGGUUGGCCACGGCGGAGUGGGAAUCGAUGCGCUACCGCAUUUUGCUUGAAAUCAGGGGUAUUCCUGCUCAUGCCUGGUCGGUCGCCGCCGCGCAAGUGAUUCUUGAUGGUGCUUGUGCUAUUCCGGAGCCAACCCCUUCUACAUUAGCCCGUGCUGAUUCACAUCAUUUUCAGGCGGCUGUAUGGUGUGCUGAUCCCGACCUUAUCCCCAAUGAAGCCAUCGUUCGCAUUCCUGAGCGUGUUGAGGGCCUGGGCAACAAUAAUUUGUUCUUACAACCUGAGGAGAUUAUUCAUCAUGAGUUGCCUUUGCUUCGAUGCAAGGAUUGGAACGACAACAGCUCCUCUGAUGGAACUGGCACCCUUCCAGACCGGGUCCUUACUGAUACUGACUCUGAAGACGAAUACCCAGGUUUUCAUCAGUCUUCUCGUUCCGGACCCUGGCCGCGCCGGACUGUCUUCCGCACCCCGGGCUUCGGUGAUCCCAGAGGUGUGUCUGCGGGCAAUGAAGGUACAAACUCCGGUGCACCGGCAGGUGAUUGUGCACGAAGGUGUGCACCUGGGCCCUCCAGUGGUCCACUGUGGCGUUUUGGUCGCGGACUUCCUGUUGUUUCUAAUGGUCCACCGCACUUUCCCCCUCUGCGCUUUGGUUCGGUUACGCCGGUGCUUCUACGUCCUGCCGCCGGGACGUCCCCCCGUCUAUUGGAUGAUCAUGCCGAUACUUUGGUCGGGGCAAGAGACACUCCCACGGUCGCUAGAGACUUUGAUCCUAUGUUUGAUGAGGCCUCUGGUUCUCACGUGUGUUGGCUGUCAUUGGAUGAUUUAGGGGUUGGGCUGUUCCCUGAUCUUGAAGUCCCAGCACCAGGUGCCCAGUCUGAUCCGAUGCACCUCGAGGCUGGGAUGCUCCCUGCUCAACCUAGCUCUGUUCCGGGUAUCGAUGAGGUCGCCCGGUCCGCUGCUACUACCAACACCACCAUAGCUGACUUGGAAUCAAUCCGUUUUGAUGUACCAGACAUGGCGCCGGUUGUCUGCUCCUCUCCUGUCGUACCAAAUAAUGGACUAGGGAGGCUACCCCGCCGGUGUUAGACACCUCUCCACCGCGGCGUCGCUCCCGUCAGCCGCAGCAGGAGGUGACCAUCAGGCGCAGCGAGAGAUUGGCGCGAAAAUCGCAUCACCGCGUGACCAAGCCCGCGGUUCAGGCCCAAAAUGUGCUGAUGAAAAAGUUGGGCAUAACGUUGGACAAUCGCCCGCCGGAUGCUUCCUCCUUCCAACAGUUCACGGAUGCUUUCUCCUCCACGCUAACCAAAUCGCAUUGCGAGGUGCUUGAUGCGCUGUUACCAUCUGGAAUGGGGCCUAUAGCUAUGGACACGGUCGCACCAGUAUGGGUGUCCUGAGAUCACCUUGGUUGUUUUACUUUGGUCGCAAAAGCUGUUAAAUAUGUUAGGUGAAAAUUGUCUGGUUUGGAAUGUCAGUGGGCUGAACUCUAGGGCCCGGCGUAGUGUGGUGCGGGAAAUUGUAGCCCAGGAAAACAUCUCCCUACUCUCUCUGCAAGAAACUAAACUUGAUAACUGUUCUGCUAAUGUGAUCAUGGAGUCUUGUGGUGC